ACCAACAUUAACCGCUAUUUGUAUGGAUAUGAGAACUCACUCUCUUAUUUACGAGGUCAGAUUUGGUCGCUGCAAUAUUGGUUCUACCUGUAAUAGAUCUUAGCAAGUUAUCAUUACUUUACACUUCAGUCAUCGGUCAUGGCAGAUCUCGGCCCUCCUUUCCAUCCCAUAGCGGGCAUUGCAAACUUCCGUGAUCUCGGCGGUCAUCCGCUGCCUAUAAAGUCCCGCCCCGGAUACACAAUCAGACCCGGCCUCGUCUUCCGCUCCGCAGAACCAUCCCGUCUCACCGAGGACGGCAUCUCGGCGCUGCAGGACCUCAAGAUCUCUCACGUCUACGACUUGCGCUCGCGAACUGAGAUCGAGCGCUACGCUACCGGAACCCGAGAGUGGCCCGGCGCCCAACGGGUCUUUACUCCGGUCUUCUUAGACGAGGAUUACGGCCCGGAGGCUAUUGCGCUGCGCUUUCGGAAUUAUACCGCCGAAGGAAGCCAGGGAUUCGUUGAGGCGUAUCGGGGAAUUUGGGAGACGGGAACGGAUUCUAUCAACACUAUUCUCUCACAUCUUGCCAGACCCGAUCCCUCACCCUUACUCAUUCACUGCACUGCCGGCAAGGACAGAACUGGCGUGGUCUGCGCUUUCAUCCUGUCUAUAUGCGGUGUGGAUGAAGGGACCAUUGCUCAUGAGUAUGGCUUGACUGAGGUUGGCCUCGGUGACUUUCGAGAGGAACUCCUUGCUGCUGUGAUGAAGAGUCCCGAACUCAGAGCCAAUCCUGAAGGUGCUCAACGAUUACUGGGAGCCAAGCCUGAGAACAUGCUUGCUGCUUUGGAAGCACUUCGCAAACAACAUGGCUCUGUCGAGGAGUAUGUGGUCAAGAACUGUGGUCUCACAGAGGAGGAUCUGGAGCAGAUUCGAAAGAACUUGAUCGUGCCCGAGGAGAGCAGGCAGUAGUACCGAUGAGUUAUGAAUGACGACUCUGGAUCAUGAUGAACAUCAAUGGCAAUGACAGAUUUAGCACAUUUAUAGAGGACCACAUACAGAAAUGCAAGCGCUAUUCAUCAUCUCUGGACGAGUAUACAGUCCAUGUCUAAUUAAUACAUGGCGUUGGUAUUCGUAUAGUACAGUUUCGCCACUCCAUAUCCCAUAUAUAUUCAUACACUUCAAGGCA